AUGUCAGACCAUGGACCCACCCGCCUUGAAACCGAGCUCGAGCUGUUAGAGGCCAUGUAUCCCGAGCAGACGCACUAUGACCCCAAGUCACGGGAGUUAAAGUUCUCACACGACAACCAUGCAUCGCUCCUUCUUCGGUUACCGGAGUCGUAUCCGGAAUUAGGAUUGCCGGACAUCAUCUCUGCGACUGACGCAGCAAAGAACGACUUGCGGACACGUGUAAAAGUCGCGGUCAAGGACGUUGGGUUAGCUGAAGGAGAGGAAGCGCUUGAUGCCAUCGUCGCUGCUUUUCAGCAAAUUAUCGAAUCUGUUCCUGCCAUAUCAAACGCGGUCUCAGUAAAUAGCGACGCAACGGCAGGCGCCCACGGCAGCACCUCGAAAACUGUCAUCGUCUGGCUGCACCAUCUUCUGAACACGAAUAAACGCAAAAUUGCUCUCUUACCUCCAGCGGCGACGCCUCCUGUAUGUGGAAUCACUAAGCCUGGCUAUCCCGGUGUUCUCGUCUACUCUGGUCCAUCGAUAGCUGUCACAGAACAUGUCAAUGAUCUAAAAGCAAAGAACUGGCAAGCAUUCCAGGUACGGUAUGAAGAUGAAGAAUUAUGGCACUUUGCACAUGGUAUGGACGUCAUAGAGGUGGAGAGUAUGAGCGAGGUCGUAAAGGACGUUGAAACAGAAGGCGCGAUUGGAAAAACACAGAAAGAAAAGCUUCUGAAGGCCAUUGGUAUUAGCGACCUCUCUGCAGACGAUCUGGACUUGAAGUCGGUGGCCGAAUACUUCAACCAGCAAGAGGCACAGAGAUAUUGGGAAGAAGGUGCAGCAAAUGGCUGCCUAUUUUGUCGCCUUAUAGCUGCGGUUUGGGCGGAUGCAGGACAGCAAUAUGGAUGUUAUAGGUCAGGAUAUGUGAAGAUUGGACAAACUACAAACGGACAGUACUCCCUACGUUUGGCCAACAUACUCUCCAAAUUACCGCAUACUGUUGAUCGCGGCGUUUAUGCAACGAUCGCCAUAUAUCUAGAAGAUUCCGGUCUUCACAUUCGCUUGGAGAGAUACAAGCCGAUCCCUCGGCAAGCCAUAGAUUCUGCGUGCCUGAAUUUGGCAAAGCAAUGGUUGUCGACCUGUCAGAAUGGGCACCGGCGGUGCGAUGAGAAGUUUGAUACAGCUGGUCCCUCUCGGCUUGUCGAACUCCGGGGCGAUGCCAUUAAGCUUGUAGUAAAUCCAGAGGAGUCGACCCGGGGCUCCUAUGUCGCGCUCAGCCACUGCUGGGGCGGUUCCCAACCACUUAAAACCACGUUGAAAUCUCUGGCUGGCUUUCAAGAGCAAAUUCCUGCCAAUGAUCUUCCCCGGACAUUCUCGGAUGCCAUAUAUAUCACUCGAGCGCUUGGAUUUUCGCAUAUCUGGAUCGAUAGUUUAUGCAUUGUCCAAGACGACGACUUGGACUGGGAGCAGCAAUCAAGUAAAAUGGCGAGCAUAUACAGCAAUGCCGAGCUGGUCUUGGCUGGUGUUGCAGCGGGAUCAGCAAAUGAAGGGUUCCUCCGAAAACCAAGGCAAUCCUGUGAAAGAACAAUUAGUCUAGAUGUGAAAGGAAGCGAGACUACAUUCACCUACAGAAUAGUGCCCGAUUCGCAUGACUUCAUCGAGGAGCCGUUGCACAAGCGGGGAUGGACUCUACAAGAGAGAUUGUGUGCUCGUCGCUUCCUCGCGUACGGCAACUGGGAGAUGAGUUGGGAAUGCAAAGAGUCUUCUUGCUGCGAGCAUCACGGGAAUAACCUGGACAGCGAUUUGAACUCACAAUUGGAAGGCAGUUUUGGGGCCAGGAUGGAUACCACUAAUCCACAAGCUUUUGCACAGCUGUGGAGUACUCGUGUUGUAUAUCCAUAUUGCCGGAGGUUACUGACGAGGAUGACGGACACACCAGUCGCAAUUUCAGCUCUUGCCGCUCGGUUUCAUUCACGAUACCAAGGUACAUAUCUCGCGGGCUUGUGGAAAGAAGAUCUCUGCAAAAUGUUAUUAUGGUUCUCUAAACCGCCGGGAUGUCCAUCCUCCUCUUUUGCCCCUACCUGGAGUUGGAUGUCGUUGGAACUGCCUCAUGCGAUCGAUUUCGAUCCUACCGUUAUAUCAAAUCACGCUGCAGAAGAAAUACUAGUCUACAACGUGCAAACAGAAGUAACGCCUUCGACGACUAAUCCGUACGGUCCCGUCUCGUCUGGCACAAUACACUUGGCGGGUAUAUUAAUCUCGGCAUCGCUCGAAGCUGGUCCUUCACCAGAAGGUCUCUGGGAGAGUACCAAGCUAUCAACUUUGCGGCACAAUGUUUCCGGUACGAUUUCCUACAUAGAUACACCUAUUGUUCGGACGGAUGUUCGACUUAUGGAUGGAACUGAAGAGAGUACAACGAAGCGAAAGGGAAAACAGGAAGACAGCUCAGGCGGACCUUACCCAGUAAUGCUUCUUCCAAUCUUUAGAUAUGGCUGGGGUGUAACGGGACUCCUACUCGGGCGGUCAGCCACUUGCGUAGGUGCAUAUGAGCGCAUCGGAAUGUUUGAUUAUCUUGCAGAAGUCAAGUUCGAAUCCAUGAGAAAAGACUAUGGCGUCUGCGAUGUUAUGCUUGUGUAG